AUUUGUGUAUUAACCUCUCAAUUCUUGCUUCUAACCUUAAAGUAGUGGAAGAUCCAUAAAAAUCAUUAUUUUUCCACAUUUCCAUUUUAUUACACUAUAAACAGUUGGAGCCGCAAAAUAAACAAGCGAAAAUACCAUUACCAUCAAAACUUACGCACGGGUAAUUGACCUGUCAACUUCAGGAACAAGCUUUUGCUUGUCUGAAAUGGGCAAGCACAAAUUAAAAAAAGUCAAGAAGAGCAAAAAGACAAAAUCAAAAAGGGAAUCCAGAACCUCAAGUUCAUCUAGUGAUGAAUGGGUUGAAAAGAAUCCUGAACAUAGCACAAAAUCAUCCAAAUAUAAUGAAUACAGCGACUCAAAUGAUUCUGAAGAUUCAAGUCUUUCAGAUAAUAGGUAUUCCGCCAAGAAAACAUCAAAAAAUAAAGCAAAGAAAUAUUCAGAUUCAGACCCGUCAGAUGAUUCUACCAGUAAAAGGAACAUCAAGAAGAUAAUUAAAGAGUAUUCAGACUCUGAUUCAGAUAAUGAAUAUCAAGAAAAGUCAGCUUCCAAGCAGCACACUGAUUCAAAAAGAGAAGAUUGGAUGAGUAUGUCUACCACAUUUUCAUCAACAUCAAACAUGGAUCGUAGGCAACAGAGAGAGGAGAAUAAAAGAAAGGCAAGAGAAGAGAAAAUGUAUGAUCCUAGAAAAUGUGAAAGAGAACUGAAUCCUUACUGGAAAGAUGGAGGUGAUGGGUUACCAACUUUUAAAAAACCAUCAUCAGAGUUCGAUGAUUUUAGCUUUGCUAGCAAAAGUGAUUAUAAAAGUAGAGAUUCAUAUAAGAACAGGGUAUCUAGUUGGAAAAAGAAACCUGAAUCAGAUAAGAGUAUACCCACAAGUAAUCGAAGUAGUACAAGUAAGCCUGAAGAAAUCCAAGAAAAACAAAUUGAACCACAACAAGAAGAAUUUACCGAAAAGGAUUUGAAUACCCUAGCUGCGAAACUAGUUAAAGCUGAAAUAAUGGGUAAUACUAAGCUAAUUAAUGAAUUAAAAGACAAGCUGGAACAUGCAAGGGCAAACUUAAAACCAUCUACUCAAACAGAAGAAGUUAUAUUGACCCAUACAGAUUCGAAAGGCCAAUCAAUACCUUUGCAAUCUUCUGCUGAAUAUGGAGAACCAAGUCGUAAAAAGAAAAAACGAAUUGAAACACACAAAGAUGGACAGAGGACAAGGUACUUUGCCGAUGAUGAUAAAUAUUCACUCCAACAGAUGUUUGAGAGGGAGAAGUAUAGCACGGCGGAGAGUCAAGAUCGAGAUUUUGUCAAAAUGGCUGGGAAGAUAUCAAAGAAAGAUGAUUUAGAUGACAUUUUCUCAGACAACAUAAGGAAAGAAGAAUCAAGCUUAAAAAUUGAGUCUAGAAAUCGAGAUAAAGCCAUCAGAGAGCAGCAGAAUAUCAGCAAAAAUUUGGAGAAUUGCCCAAGAUGCAUUCAAUCUGACAAGAUGCAAAAACAUCUCAUGGUCUCAAUGGGUGAGACUGUUUAUUUGGCUGUUCCAGCACAUGAACCUUUGACGCCAGAGCAUUGUUUAAUCAUACCAAUCCGCCAUGUUCCUUGCUCCACUCAGUUAGAUGAAAAUGAAUGGUCUGAGAUUCGUGAUAUACAAAAAUCCCUCAUUAAAGUGUUCAGAUUGCAAAACAAGGAAGUUGUCCUUUUUGAAAGUGCAAAAUACCUCAACAGAUUCCCACAUAUGUGCAUCCAGUGUGUACCACUUCCAAAUGGAGAAAUGACCCCAAUCUACUUUAAAAAAGCUAUCGAUGAAUCUGAAAUGGAAUGGGCUCAGAACAAGAAACUAGUCUCGCUUAAUAAAAGAGAUGUUAGGAGAGCUAUUCCAAAGGGCCUUUCAUACUUUGCUGUUAAUUUUGGAAUAGAAGAAGGGUUUGCUCACGUAAUUGAAGAUGAAAGGUUGUUUCCUGAUAAUUUUGCCCAAGAAGUUAUUGGAGGCAUGCUUGACUUGCAUCAUAGCAAAUGGAGAAAACCAAGGAUGCAGAGUUUUGAAGAACAGAGCAAGAGAGUUACAGAAUUCACAAAAAAGUGGAAAGACAUUCAAGAUAAAACAUAACUGAUAUUGAGGUUUUCCUCACUAUGUGCACAUGAGAGAAUUUUCCAGUAGCUAAACCUUAGAUACUGAAUAUGAAGGUUUGCUAGACAUCUUCAAGAAAUGGACAGACUUUUUGAUAAUAAGCUGUACCUAGACAUUUGAAAGAUUAUUCCAAGAGGCUUAGUUACAUACUGUGACAGCCACAGUGUCCUGGCAUUUAGGCUUCUACCUGCGUGGCUGCUUCAGCAUAAAAAAAAUUGUUUAAAGUGGAAGUAUCAAAUAAAACUACUCUUACAUACAAAUAUUUUACUUAAUGAAAAUCACUUAUUUUCCAUAAUCAUAUUUUGUGUAAGGUGAAUGCAAUAUAUAAAAAAUGAAUAAUUUAUUAAAUGACAUUAAACAAUCAUCUCCAACUCUUUAGCAUAUUCAACUGCUUGCAAGGCUAACACCUUUGAAGGAAUAGGUUCAUGAGUCUUUUUCACCUCAGGUUUGAAAUGGAAGAAGUUAUCUUUGCCCAAUUUCCAUGACUUAUUCUGUAAGGAAAAAUAAAUAUUAGGUCAUACUUGUAUCUAACCAAGUUCUAGUAAGAUAAGAUUUUCCACACCAUAUACCUAGAAUGUGACUAUCAGAAGUAUCUUAUUUUCUUAUACUGUUUGACAAGAAAUUUAUGGUUACAUACUAUCAAUAACCAGAAUAAAAUCAACAUUGGUUAAUUUCUAUAAUGCUUAUUAUUUAAUCAUAUAAGUGAAAUAUCAGAAUAAACUGCACCAUUCUUGAUAAAUGGAU